CUUUAGCGAACUGUGAGAACGAACUUCGUAAAUCGACCAGACAACCACCGCUUCAACACCGAUUCGGGCCUCGCUUUUGAUGCUAGCCAAGUGAAGGACUUUUUCCAAGCCGUGUUCCCGGCAUUACCUUCUAAAAUAGGCUUACCCCCAACGACGAUUCUUGCGCCUCGCGGUUAGCAAACGAGCACGAUAAGCCUGCGCCAGUUUCCACUUGGCCUCUAUCCACCCUCAAAGGCCCUUGAUUGCACAUGCCCUAGAAUCUGCAUCCCAUUCUACAUCGCAAUCAUGGCAGUCGGCGCAGCAAACAACUUUGCGCAAUUCAUGGUAGUUGGACCGACAUGUUUUUUUCUCGGCAUCCUCUUCGCGCAAUUGCCCUACGACUACAAUGUCCUAUGGACGACACCCGAGGACCGCGCAUUCUAUUUUGACAUUCUCGAGUCGCACAUCAAAUUCCUCUAUGCCUCGCCCCCGAUAGUCUCGCGCAUCCUCAAUCUCGUCAUCGGCACCGGCCUCCUCGGCUUCCUAAUCAAGCUCUUCAAGCCCAACCAAGCCAACAUGCUCUUUGACGGCGCAUCGCUCGUCCUGUACAUGGCCGGCAUCACCGUCUACCUGACCAACAUUGUCAAGGGCUUCCGCGUCGUCACGGCUGGUAUCUACGGCGAGAUGGACAAGGCUAACGCGGGCGAGAUUACCGAAGAAGACAUGGGUGACUACAUCUCGAGGGAAGACACACUGAGGGUCUUUGCAGCUAGCAAUACCAUUCUUGCGCUUGUCCUCGUGGGCGUCUUGGUGCUGCAGGCGGGUCAGUGGUAUGCCAAGAGGGCCGAGGAGCAGGAGAUUCAAGAGAUGGAGCGUCUGGCUGAAGAGAAGAAGGGAGCAGGGAAGAAGAAGCAAUGAUUGCUUGCUUUAUUUCUCUUGGGGUCCAAAGGAAAGCUAUGUGAGCUUGGUUGGGGUGUCUGGAUAGACUCUGGUCUUACAAAUUCACAUGCGUUGCGCCUUGAAUGCAACUGUUGGAGGGUUCAUGUAAGGUUGUGUGUUUGGUGUUCCUUCACCUAAGAAACUGUAUGCUACCUAGGUGUAGGAGGGAUGGAAAAGAGCAAUAUGUAUGCAUCUCAUCUCGAGCUAUAUAUGUAAUGUUGAAUCUUCACAUUCCACUCCCCACCGUAUCAUCACUCGUUCAUUAUGCCAGUCCAAUGCCUUCGUUUAUCAAACUCACUACAAGAAAAUUUACUAUCAUAAAAUCGUCACACCGGUUCAUUUCCGU